CUUACCAAUCGUAAAUUUUUAUAUAUAAUUCUCUACUCCCUAUUGCUAAUCUCUGCAUAUGAGAAAAUCGAGAUGAGCACAGAUUCUUUCCAAACCUCCAACACCAAGAGGCUAGAAGGUUUGGUGGCUAUAAUAACUGGUGGAGCCAGUGGAAUAGGCGAGUGCUGUGCAAAGGUGUUUGUUAAACAAGGAGCCAAAGUUGUGAUUGCAGACGUUCAAGAUGAGCUGGGCCACUCUCUUUGCAGACAACUUGGAACUGAAGAAACAAUCUCUUACAUCCAUUGUGACGUGUCAUGUGAUUCUGAUGUCCAAAACGCAGUGGAUUUAGCCGUCUCCAGAUAUGGAAAGCUCGAUAUUAUGUUCAGCAAUGCUGGGAUUUCAGGGAAGAUGGAGUCUAGCAUUUUAUCCACAGAAUAUGACGAUAUCAAAAGGGUUUUUGAUGUGAACGUUUAUGGAGCUUUCUUGGCAGCCAAACAUGCAGCUAGGGUCAUGAUUCCUGCCAAGAAAGGCUGUAUUAUCUUCACUGCAAGUUCAGCCACAGUUACUUGCACACAGGCUCCUCAUCCAUACGUGGCAUCAAAACAUGCCCUGGUUGGUUUGGCCAAGAACUUGUGUGUCGAGCUGGGCCAAUGUGGGAUAAGAGUGAACUCUAUUUCUCCACAUAUGGUUAUAACUCCAUUGGUGAGAAAAACUAUGAACAUGACGGUGAAGGAGUUGGAGGAUAUGAUUUCUGCAACGGCUAACUUGAAAGAGUCAGUAUUUGAAGGAGAAGAUGUAGCAGAGGCAGCUGUUUAUUUGGGAAGUGAUGAGUCCAAGUAUGUGAGUGGGAUAAAUCUAGUGAUUGAUGGAGGUUUUAGUCUUACAAAUCCAUCUUUUGCUUUUGCAAUGAAAGGCUUAAUCUCUUGAAGUGUUCUUCGUUUUGAUCCCUUCGAUUUAAAAAAUAAGUUGGUAUUCUGUUUUGUUUGUGGAUGUGAUUUAUUGAUCAUGAUCCUGCCAUUUUUUCUCCUGUUGGAAAAGUUUUUCUAUUAAAUAAUAUUUGAGGAAAAUAUUUGCUUAA